AUGACCGUCACCAACUCUCAACAAUAUAGAUCCACCAGAUCUUCUGACAAGGAAACUAAAUCUUUUGAAGCCGCUGUUAUUCAAGGUUUAGCAACUGACGGUGGUCUUUUCAUUCCACCAACUAUUCCACAAGUUUCUCAAGAAACUCUUUUUAACCAAUGGUCCAAAUUAUCUUUCCAAGAUUUAGCUUUUGAAAUUAUGAGACUUUAUAUUUCUGAAGAUGAAAUUCCUAAUGAAGACUUAAAGAGUUUAAUCAACAAAUCUUAUUCCACCUUCCGUUCUAGCGAUAUCACACCCCUAGUUAAGAACGUUACUGGUGUUGACAAAGAAAACUUGCAUAUCUUAGAAUUAUUCCAUGGUCCAACUUAUGCUUUUAAGGAUGUCGCAUUACAAUUUGUUGGCAACUUAUUUGAAUACUUCUUAGAAAGAACUAACAAAGGUUUACCAGAAGAUCAAAAGAAAAAGAUUACCGUUGUUGGUGCAACCUCAGGUGACACCGGUUCUGCUGCCAUCUAUGGGUUAAGAGGUAAGAAGGAUGUUUCUGUCUUUAUCUUAUAUCCAACUGGUAGAAUUUCUCCAAUUCAAGAAGAACAAAUGACUACGGUUGCUGACAAGAACGUUCAAACUUUAUCUGUUAAAGGGACUUUUGAUAAUUGUCAAGAUAUUGUGAAAGCUAUUUUCGCUGAUAAAGAAUUCAAUUCUAGACAUAAUGUCGGUGCUGUUAACUCUAUCAACUGGGCAAGAAUAUUGGCUCAAAUGACCUAUUAUUUUUACUCAUACUUUAAAGCUACUAACGGUGUUCCAGGUAAAGUCAAAUUUAUUGUUCCAUCAGGUAAUUUUGGUGAUAUCCUUGCCGGUUAUUUUGCUAAGAAGAUGGGUCUUCCAAUUGAAAAAUUGGUUAUUGCUACUAAUGAAAACGAUAUCUUAGACAGAUUCUUGAAGACUGGUGUUUAUGAAAGAUCCGAUAAAGUUGCUGCUACUUUAUCUCCAGCCAUGGAUAUCUUGAUUUCUUCUAAUUUCGAAAGACUAUUAUGGUAUUUGGCUAGAGAAGUUUUAGCCAAUGGUGAUGACUUAAAAACUGGUGAAAUCGUAAACAACUGGUUUCACCAGUUAAAGACUGAAGGUAAAUUCGAAGUUGAUAGAAACUUAAUCAAUGCUGCAUUAAAGGAUUUUGGCUCUGAACGUGUUUCUAACGAAGAAACCAUCGCCACUAUUAAGAAAAUGUAUGAAAUUUCUGAAAAUCCAAAACAUUACAUCUUAGACCCACAUACAGCUGUCGGUGUUUGUGUUACUGAAAGAUUGAUUUCUCAAGACAAGGAUUCAUCUAUAAAUUAUAUCUCUUUAUCUACUGCCCAUCCUGCUAAAUUUGCUGAUGCGGUAAAUAACGCAUUAUCUGAUUUUGACAACUAUUCUUUUGAAAGACACGUCUUACCAGAAGAACUAAAGAAACUAUCCACUUUACCAAAAAAAUUAAAGUUCAUUGAAAGAGCUGAUGUCGAAUUAGUCAAAGCUGCAAUUGAUGAAGAAAUUAUCAAAAUGGAUUUAUAA